AUGGUCCGCCAACAACAAGACUCCUAUACAGAAGGCUCUCCCAUAGAAAUGGCUCCAACUACACAGAACCCCAAUGGCAAAAACAAAAAUCCCGGAUCAAAUCCAGGCAUCGAAUCCAAACCUGAACCAGAUUACUUCACAUUAAGCGGCACAUCACAACCCUCCGCCGCGGUGGUCGAUAAUCCAAGUGAUAUGCCAAGUUCAACGAAUCAUCACGGCGAGACGGGUGAGGCUAUAACUGGCAACGGGGACUAUUUGCAUGGGGAAGAAUCCAAUCACGGUUCCAUUUCGAAUGCAUCGAAGGGCUCAAGAAAGCAUAUGACUCGGGGUGAAUUCGAUCAGUUUGUUGGGGAGAACGAGCUUGGUGAUAAGGAUGGCAAAGUUGGUGUGCAGCAGUUCUUCGGACUUGAGUCUUCUUAUUAG